ACAAAGAGACAGCAGACAAUCUAGCUCAACCUCAGUGACCAACAACAGACUUCAUCCAGAGGCAGAAUGCAAAUGAGAACUGGAAUGCAAUGGAUGGAACCUGGAGGGCACUGGAAGUAAAGGUGUGGGAUUGAAAAACUAAGACUUAAGAAAUUCUGGCUACAAGUGAAUUGACAAUGGAUGGCAAUUCAGUCCAAUGGCAGGACAAUAAAAAAAGGUCUUAGUUGAGUAGAAAGUCAAAAGAUGAAAACAGUUUUAGAAAUAUUAGCCAGGAUGGUGCAUUACCAUACACCAAUAAUUAUUCUUAAUGUAUAUAAUUUAAAACUUUAACACACGAAACUAAUUACAUACAGUAGGAUACACGAUCUAACCUCUAACACAAGAAGUUAGUAUUGCAUACUUUAAGUGAAUUGUAGCUUUUCACAUUGGAGAUUGGUUGUACAUAUGAUUUACUACUUUAAUGUAUGAACCUAUUGUUACAGACUUUGGGUCAGUAUAUGAUUUAUUGUCUCGACAGCCGAAAGUAGUGUUAGGCACAAUUAAGUGUACAUAGUUGCACACAUUGAUACACAUUAUUACAAAGUACCGGUUGUUCCAGAAUGCUGAAGUUUAGCUUUACGCUUUUCUCCCCCAAUUUCACUUAAUAGCAGUGGAUGUAUACUUUUGUUAACGUGGGGUGACAAAGGCGCAAUAAUUGAUAGCACCACUUUCUCCCAGCUUCCCGGUUGAUCUCAGAAGUUAAGCCUUUCAAGCCCGGGACACUUCGUCCCAUCCCGCAAAAUACGAUUGGCUGCCAAGUGUCCAAUUUACAUAAACGUGUCAAUAAAAUGGCCCGAAAGAAACGGGAAUUGAAUCAAUUCCGUUAUUUAGCCUGUGCAGGCAAGUUUAUACUCAGAACUUGAGCUCUGAAAGUGCAUUCGAGGUAACCCACUUCGGAAAAGCAAGAUCUUUCAAAAGGAUUCUAACUUAAAAAGUGGACAGAAUAACCUGGUCCAAUGAUGACCAGUAAAAGAGGCAGAAAUAACUCUGCUGCCCCAGCACCUGCUCCAUUCCCCGGACUCCCCUGCCUCCUCCUCGUACUUUUAACCAUCCCGAGAGCCGACUGUUUAACGGUCAAAUACUCCAUCUACGAGGAGGAGCCGCCGGGCACCGUAAUCGGAAACCUGGCGGCAGACCUACAGCUGGAGGCGGCGGGCACCUUCCGCCUGAUGCACAAGUCCAACUGGUCUCUGGUGGAAGUGGGCGAGAGCGACGGGCAGCUGAGGGUCGGGGGCCGCAUCGACCGGGAGCAACUGUGCCGCCAGCAGCAGGCGGGAGCCGAGCCCGAGGCCGAGCCGUGCCUGCUGCCCUUCGACGUGGUGAACCUGUCCGGGGACAAGUUCGUGCUGAUCCGCGUCGAGCUGCGAGUGCAGGACAUCAACGACCACGCCCCCGAGUUCGGGCGCCCGGAGCUGCGGGUGGAGAUCAGCGAGAGCUCAGCGCCGGGGACCCGCGUCCCGCUGGAGCCGGCGCUCGACGCCGACGUGGGCGCCAACUCGCUGCAGAGGUACCGGCUGUCGCCGAGCCGCCCGUUCGCUCUGGAGCUGCGGAGCGGCGCCGACGGGCUGCGGCGCGCCGAGCUGGUGCUGGUCGAGGCGCUGGACCGCGAGAGCCAGGCCGAGUUGGUGCUGCAGCUGGAGGCCGAGGACGGCGGCAGCCCGGCGCGGACAGGGGCGGCCCGGCUCCGGGUGCAGGUGCUCGACUCCAACGACAACAGCCCGGCCUUCGAGCGCGCCUCGUUCGCCGUGGAGCUGCGGGAAGACGCGCCGCCCGGCUCGCUGCUGCUCCAGCUCCAGGCCGCCGACCCCGACCUGGGCCCCAACGGCGACGUGGUCUACAGCUUCAACCCGCAGCUCGCCGCUGCCGCCCGCCGCCUCUUCCACCUGGACGCGCGGUCGGGCCGCCUGAGCCUGGCCGGGCCGCUGGACCGCGAGAGCAGCCCGAGCUUCGAGCUGGAGGUGCGCGCUCACGACCGCGGGGCCCCGCCGAGCGCCGCCGCCGCCUGCACCGUCACCGUGCGCGUCCUCGACGUCAACGACAACGCGCCCGAGAUCGGCAUCGCGCCGCUGGCCCCGGGCGGCGGCGGCGGCGGCGGCCUGGCCUACAUCAGCGAGGCGGCGGCGCCGGGCAGCCUGGUGGCGUUGGUCAGCGCCUCGGACCGGGACUCGGGCGCCAACGGCCGCGUCUCCUGCGCGCUGUCCGGACACGAGCACUUCGCGCUGCGGCCGGCCUACGGCUCCAGCCACAUGGUGGUGACGGCGGCGGCGCUCGACCGCGAGCGGGCCGCCGAGUACAACCUGACGCUGGUGGCCGAGGACCUGGGCGCCGAGCCGCGCCGCACCGUGCGCGCCCUCACCGUGCGCCUGGCCGACGAGAACGACAACGCGCCCGCCUUCUCCCGCCGCCUGUACCGGGUGUCGGUGCUGGAGAACAACCAGCCCGGCGCCUACCUGACCACCGUGGUGGCCCGCGACCCCGACCUGGCCCACAACGGCCGGGUCACCUACCGCUUGCUGGGGCCCGGCUCGGCGCUGGCCUCGGUCGACCCGGCCACCGGCGCCAUCUACGCGCUGCGCUCCUUCGACCGCGAGUCGCUGGCCGAGGCCGAGCUGCUGCUCCAGGCCACCGACGGCGGCUCGCCGCCGCUCAGCAGCUCGGCCACCGUCCGCCUGGCCGUGGCCGAUCGCAACGACAACGCGCCGGUCAUCACCCACCCGCUGCCGGGCAACGGCUCGGCCUGCGUCAUCGCGCUGCCCGGCGACGCCGGCGCCGGUUACCUGGCAACGCGCGUGCGGGCCCGGGACGCCGACGAAGGGGUGAACGCGAGGCUGAGCUUCCGGCUGCUGAGCGGCGCCCAGGCCGGGCUCUUCAGCAUCGACGGCGGCAGCGGGCAAAUCCGGCUGGGCCGCCGGCCGCUCGGCCUCGGGGCUCUGCGGCUGGUCGUGGCCGUCAGUGACGGCGGCUGGCCCGCCCUGUCCGCCACCGCCACUCUGCAGUUCGUGGUGGCGGCGGCGGCCGAGGCUCCCGGGGGCGGCGCGCCGCUGCGGCCGGGGAAGCGGAGCUGGGACACGUCGUUGGUGGUCAUCGUGGUGCUGGCGGGCGGCUGCGCGGCCCUGCUCACCGCCAUCCUCGUCAUCGCCACAGCCUGCGGGAGGGCCAGCAAGCCGGCCGAGUGGGAGGGAGCCCAGCCGCCGGAGGGCAGGUUCGCGGCGAGGCUCGGCAGCCCCGGAGAGGGUCGAUACGACGACGGCGCCGCAGCCGCGGAGCUCGCCGGAGGCGGACUGAAGGUGUACCCGGCCGUGGGCGGUCGCAGAGCCGCGGAGCCGCAGCAUUUCUCUCCCACCUCUGGGUUCGGCCAAACACUUCAUCCAAUCGCAAUCUGGCAAGGCAAACAGUUUACUUUAAGUAAAAGCGAACUCGCAAAUCAAACUCAGGACAGAUUCAGCGGAAAAGACAGUGGGAAAGGAGACAGUGACUUCAAUGACAGUGACUCUGAUAUCAGCGGCAUUGGGCUGAGCAAAAGCAAUGCUCUUAGUCAGAAGCAAAAUGGUUUAUGGUCCUGCACCAGUGAAUGCAAGAUCCUUGGCCACUCAGAUCGCUGCUGGAGUCCCUCUUCUCAAGGGCCGAAGGCUUAUUCUUCCACAGGCACAGCUGAACACCUUAAUACUUUUGGGAAAAGCACUUCUCUCCCACGUGAACUCCUCCGGAAAGACCCUUAUUAUCAAGCACUUUUACCAAAAACAGCAGGCCUGCAAAGUGUAUAUCAGAAGGUUACAUGCAAUGAAUCUGAAACUGUAACUUCUGUUAUUGUACCACUAUAUCGUUCCGUGGGAUCAACCAGUCACAACCCCAAGUUAAUACCUCAUUGAUCAAUGUAGCUGGUAUAUUCUCAACUCUGAGCAUGUUCCACAAAGGUGUUUUCAAUUAUUGAAUUUGUUCAAUAUGUUGAUAGUGUAAAUAAUAAACAUUUUUAUAAUAAUUAUACAAACUGAUUUCAUGAUUUUUGUAUGUAUAGAUAAUAAAACAUGAAAAGGAAUGUAAAUAUCAGUUAAUGCUCCUUUACAUUAAAAAUAUAUUUUUCCCUAUGGUGUGGAAUAUAGUUGUUAAGUUACUGGACCAGCAGCCAGAGUUCUGAACCAUUAAUCCAGAGGCACAGAUUUGAAUCCCUCCUGGUAGCUGGGGAAUUUAACUUCAGGUGAUUAAAUAAAUCUCAAAUUAAAAGAUAGUCUCAGAAAAGGUAACCAUGAAACUACUGGAUUGUUAUCAUCAUUGAAACCCAUCUGGUUCAGUGGUGAUAUUUAGAGAAGGAAAUCUGUAAUUCUUACCUGGUUAUGGUCCAUACAGUGCUCAAGGUUGUGGUUGACUCUUAACUGCCUCCUUAGGUCAGGGGUCAUUAGGGAUGGAUAAAAAAUGCUGUUAAAAAUCCAUGGAUCCAAUACUUAAAUAGAAAUUAAUGAUGCCUUGACUGUGUUGUACUCUGUUUUUAGUGUGGAAUUUACUGAUAUGUAAAUAAUAUAUGCAAAUAUGUUAAUAAAAUGUAGGAACUGUGUUUGCCUGCACUGGAGUGAAAGUACUAGAGUGGCAGUACAUCAAUUUCUGC